AUGGCAGAGAUAGGAUCUGGAAAGAAGGGAUCCGCCACACACUCGAUGAAAAAGACCCAAAUUUUAAUUACUGAUAUUCCGAAGAACAAGUUUAGUGAAGAAUGGCCCAAAUGGUUGGAGAAGCAAUUAUUCGAGGAUAAGUUUCCUGAAUUAAAAAUCAAUUUACAAUACUUUACACCGCUAUCGUUCUUGAAUCGAAUCGUUAUUAUAAUGGAUACUGAGGCGUCCACUAUUACCAUUUAUGAAUACUUGAAAGAUGUGAUUGCAAGGGACUCGGUCAAGAUGAAGUUAUACAUGACUGAAUCGUUAUUGAUUUCCAAUGUCAAUGGUAGUGAUAAGAAUCCGAUCCGAUCACGUUCGUUUGAUGAUAUUAAUAAAUAUACUAAUAAUAAUAAUAAUGGUCAAGAGAUCAAACUUGAUCCGAUAAAGGAUCUAACAUCAUUGCGGAAACCGAUUCUUUCCUUAGAUACGAAUCCGCAAACGACGGGUGUAUCAUUGAAUUCAUUAUCUGUGGGUGGACAAUCGUUAUCACCUGAUAGGGCGUCAUUAGAAUCACCUACAUUAUUAAAAUUUUCUGGUGAUUCUAAAUCAAUUUAUUAUCAGGAACCGUUACCGAAGGUUUCUUUACCUGAGGGUGCCCCUAACACAUUGAGAACUGCUACGACGUGCUUGUUUGAACCAGGCAGGGACACCACAUCAUUAACUGUUGAUACUGGAAGAGAUAAUGUCACGAAUAGUGAUAGUGCCAACAACACGCCACCGAAGAGUCCCACGAUCACGUUGAAUCAAUUUAUUGAGUAG